CUGCAGCUUAUACUUCUCCUGAAUCUUGAUCCUCUUCUCAGCUAGCUUGCACAAUGCCACCCAACCUCACAGGCUUCUAUCGCUUUGUCUCACAGAAGAACUUGGAGGACUACCUACAAGCCCUAAACAUCAACGUGGCUCUGCGAAAGAUCGCACUGCUGCUCAAGCCCGACAAAGAGAUUGACCAGCAGGGCAGCCACAUCACAGUGAAGACCCUCAGCACCUUCCGCAACUACAUAAUGGAAUUCGAGGUGGGAGUGGAGUUUGAGGAGGACCUGAGGAUCGUGGAUGGACGCAAAUGCCAGACCAUCGUGACCUGGGAGGAGGAGCAGCUAGUGUGUGUGCAGAAAGGAGAGGUCCCCAACCGAGGCUGGAGACACUGGCUGGAGGGAGAGAUGUUGUAUCUGGAGCUGACCGCAAGGGAUGCAGUGUGCGAGCAGGUCUUCAGGAAGGUCAAGUAGCUGGAGAGGAACCGAAUGUCCCUCCAGACAGCACCAGCCCAGGGCUCCGCCUGGGGCCCUCCUUCCAGUCCAGGUUGACCCAAGUCAGCAGUCCCUUGCCCAGGCACUUCGCCUCCCUCAGGAUCCCUCCUCACCCUCCCCGAUAAUGUUAAUCGGUUAACUUGCAGCCCCCAGGCUUUCCCUCAGUCCUUCAUCCUCCUCUCCAGCUCAAGGUCUGUUCUCCUGGAUGAAAAAACAGGCCAGGAGAAAGGACCCUUGAGAAUAAUACAGCUUGACUUUACUUUAUUUGGCCUUGGGAAA